ACAUUUUUGACCAAGUAGCAGGUAAGAAGCGUCUUCAGUGUAACUCCCGAUCAGCACUAACGUUAAACUUCCUAUUUCCAGCAAAUCAUCGAUAUCUCUAGCGAGAAGUAGGAACAGCCAACCUCCUCGUCCAACCAGUGACACGACAAGAAGCGGACAACGCAAGCAAUGCUCAGCAGACAAGUCCUGCGAUCGCUACCUUCGAAAAGCCGUACACCGCGUCCGACCGGCCAAAACACCAGACCCGCACCUACAGAAAUGAGAAGCACUACCAAGCGCUACACCGAUCCGAGUUCGCUGGACAAGCACGUCAAGGCGGUGCACGGGCCGAACUUUUACGCGAACAAGAAGCAAAAGGGCUACGGGUACCAGCACGACGAAGAAGGCUCGAACCCCAUGUUAGACGGAAGCCGUCGGUCGGAGGACAUGCAUGGCAUGGCAUGGCACACAAUGGCAAGACAACGAGCAUGAGCAGUCCAAGCAUCAAGUCGUAGUCGGACGCACACUCGACGGGUCAACCACCGUUCAGCAGUUCGAUGUUGAUCUCGGCGCUUACUGCUAGGCUGGUGGACGAUUACAACGGUGCAGCAUGCAGCUGGGCGGUCUCGGAGCUUUUGAUGAUCCGGCUUGGCCGUACGUGGACGAGAAUUUGCAGGUGAGUUUGAAAGUUGAUCUAGUGACGUAUUUAGCUUGUCUAACUUAUGGUCUCUUCAAUUUCAGGUCGCCGAUCUGCCACACGUCCUGCAGAAUAUGGUUGACCUCGGCGGUCCGGCCGCAGGAGGUUCUCGGAAUCGCUUCAAGAAUCGCAUCAACAAUAAUGGUUUUCUGAUGAGUCCAACAUCCCGGAGAUCAACAGCCAACGCCACUUUGGGCUCGUCGGGUUUGACCGGCAAAUAACCGAUCUCAAAAUGGAACCGGGCACGACUCCGCCUUUGCCCAUCGCCAAGAACAACUGCCAGACGACAGAUUUGAUAGGUUUGCGAACUCCGCCGCCGACGUGUGUACAGAGCCCGAUCUCGACUAUGCGCCCGCAGCAACUACAAUUCAUCGUCCUACGAUUCGAUGUCACCGAGAAGCU